AUGGACUUGGACCAAGCCCUGGCUCGUACGCCCUCGUACGGUUCGAUAUCGAGUACCGUCAGCAGCGAUCGAGCGGGGGUUAAGAAGGUAGAGGUGAUCAACAAGUACUGGACGAAGCAGAGCCUCUGGAUCGCCUACGGGUCCAUCUUCCUCCUUGCCUUUAUCACAUCACUGGAAUCCCAAACAACCUACACCUUCACCCGCAUCGCAACCUCCUCCUUCUCCGCCCACUCCCUCAUCUCCUCCGUCGGCGUAAUCUCCAACAUCCUCCUCGCCGUAAUAAAACCUCCCAUGGCCAAACUCUCCGACGUCUUUGGCCGCACAGAAGCCUUUGCGGUGAGUCUGAUACUCUACGUCAUCGGGGAUGCACAAAUGGCGGGGAGUGGGAGUGUUGGGACUUAUGCGAGUGCUCAGUUAUUUUUUACGGCGGGGGGGACGGGGAUACAGAUUUUGCAGCAGAUUAUUAUUGCGGAUACGUCGUCGCUGCUUAAUCGUGCGCUGUUGAGUUCGAUACCAGAUUUUCCGUAUUUGGUUACGGUGUGGAUGGGGCCACCGAUUGCACAGGCCUUCCUUGACCAUUCCUCGUGGCGAUGGGGGUAUGGUGUUUGGUGUGUUAUCGUUCCUGCGGUCGCUGCACCGCUUAUCUUGAGUCUAUGGUACAACCAACGGAAAGCCAAAAAGGAUGGGAUUCUCGAAGCGAGGGAAUGGCGUGGUUGGAAACACCUCGCCUCAGACCUCGAUCUGGUCGGCGUGCUCCUCCUCGUCACCGGCCUCACCCUCGUCUUGCUUCCGUUGACGUUAGCUGGCGGCACAAACAGCUCGUGGAACUCCCACUCCAUCAUCACCAUGCUCGCAGUCGGCGGAAUCUGCCUGGCUUUAUUCAUCCCAUGGGAGAUCUACGUCGCAAAGCACCCCUGCGUACCAUUCUACAUGAUGCGUGACCGCACAGUCCUCGCAAGCACCUUCUCCGGCUUCUUCUUCUUCAUGGCCUACUACGUCUUCAACGAAUACUUCACCUCAUACCUCCAAGUCGCCCGCUACGCCUCCCCCGCCGCCUCAACCCGAAUCUCGGAAGUCUUCUCCUUUGCAUCCACCGUCUCCUCCAUCACGACCGGACUCCUCAUCAAAUACACCAAACGCUACAAAGUGUGGGGAUGGGUUAGUAUACCGAUUUAUUUGUUGGGGUUGGGGUUGAUGGUGCAUUUUCGUGGGCCGGAGAGUAGUACUGCACUUGUUGUUAUGACGCAGGUGUUGACGGGGGUUGGUGGGGGGAGUUAUGCUGUUGCUGCGCAGUUGGCGGUACAGGCGAAUGUCAAACGUGGCGAGGUCGGGAUUGCUACGGCGCUUUAUUUGACGCUCACUUCUGUUGGCGGGGCCGUGGGUGCGGCGAUUUCGGGGGCGAUAUGGACACAGCGUCUUCCCGACUAUUUACGACAGGAACUCCCACUCGCAUCUCUUGAUGAUUUGCCGAGGAUUUACAACGAUUUCGUUUACGCUGCUGCACUACCACGGGGGAGUGAGGCGAGGGAUGGAACGAUUAGAGCUUACACGAGGGUGAUGAGGGAUUUGACGGUCGCGAGUACGGUUUGUGCGGUGCCGAUGUUGGUGUUGACGAUACACGCUUUUAUUACAUUGACACUUCAUGCUCCAAAUGCAACCACAUUCUCCGUAAUUGAAGGAAAAAGCAAUGAAUGGGUAAGACGCACAGGAACUGCUUGCACUUGA